UGUGUCGGGCAGAACUCCUCACACACUCUCACACAAGCCGUGAAGAGUUUGUCUUCUUGUCCUGCACACUGGGACCUCCAGCCGAGUGCUGUGCUCCGGGUCGAGAAAGAGAGGGAGAGAGAGAGAGUUGGGGAGAGUCAGAAAGAGAUUAAGAGUGAGAAAGAGAGAAAGAAAAAGCCGGCAUCAUGACUGAAACUAGCAUGAAGAUCAGGCUGCCUGUGGCUUGCUUCGUCAUGGAGAUCAUCCUCAUCAUCAUUUUUGGCGUGCUGGUGGAGUACAAUGAGGAGACCGAUGCCAGGCUCUGGCACAAGGCGGUGGGAAAUGGCUCCAGCAUUGAGAAUGACUUCUACUUCCGCUACCCCAGUUUCCAGGACGUGCACGUGAUGAUCUUCGUCGGGUUCGGCUUCCUCAUGACCUUCCUGAAGCGCUACGGAUUCAGCAGCGUGGGCUUCAACUUCCUGAUCGCCGCCCUGGCGCUCCAGUGGGCCACGCUCAUGCAGGGCUUCUUCCACGGCAUGCACAACGGCAAGAUCCAUGUCGGAGUGGAGAGCAUGAUAAAUGCUGACUUCUGUACGGGGGCGGUGCUCAUCUCCUUUGGGGCGGUGCUCGGCAAGACCAGCCCGGUCCAGCUGCUGGUGAUGGCCAUCCUAGAAGUCACUCUGUUUGCUGUAAACGAGUUCAUCCUGCUCGGCCCUCUAGGGGCCAAGGAUGCCGGCGGCUCCAUGACCAUCCACACGUUCGGUGCUUAUUUCGGUCUGUCGGUGGCCCGCGUGCUCUACCGGCCCACCCUGGAGAAGAGCAAGGAUAAGAACGGCUCCGUCUACCAUUCGGACCUCUUCGCUAUGAUUGGCACCAUCUACCUGUGGAUGUUCUGGCCCAGCUUCAAUUCAGCCAUCACGGCCCACGGUGACGACCAGCACAGGACGGCCAUGAACACCUACUACUCCCUGGCUGCCUGCACGCUGGCCACCUACGGCAUGUCUGCCAUGGUCUGCCACGAGGGCAAGCUGGACAUGGUGCACAUCCAGAAUGCUGCUCUGGCUGGAGGUGUUGCCGUGGGAACUGCUGGAGAGAUGAUGCUGACUCCAUACGGCUCCAUGAUUGUGGGCUUCCUGGCUGGAAUCAUUUCUGUCCUGGGCUUCAGGUUCCUUUCGCCUAUUCUAGAGUCAAAGCUGAAGAUUCAGGACACGUGCGGCGUCCACAACCUGCACGGCAUGCCUGGGGUGCUGGGAGCCAUCGUCGGGGCCGUCACCGCGUCUGUGGCCAGCAGAGAAGUCUAUGGUGACGGGUUGGCUGAUGUGUUCCCUCUGAUUGCUGAUGGGACACAUAACGCCUCCACGCAAGGAGUCUUUCAGGCUGUGUCUCUGGCUGUGACGCUCGGGAUGGCUCUUCUUGGAGGAGUUAUCACAGGGUUCAUUCUGAAGCUGCCUAUCUAUGGAGCCCCAGCUGACACUCACUGUUAUGAGGAUGCAGUCUACUGGGAGGUACCUGGGGAGGAGGAGAGCCAUGGAGAGCUGGUCACAGUGAACACUGGGGAGGCAGACAAGCUCAACAGCGGAGCUAUCUGAGAGUACAGCCCUGCCAUGAGAGAACAAAAUAAACGCAGAGACAUACAUACACACAUGCAUGCACACACACACACACACACACACACACACACACACACACACACACACACACACACAGACUCAUAGAGAUAGAGAGAGAGAGAGAGAGAGAGAGAGAGAGAGAGAGAGAGGAAGAGAGAAACCAGCUGCAUUUGAUGUACCAGGAGAUGACAGGAUUGGGUGGCAGCAAAGGCUUCAUUUCACCGGCAUUCUCAGUGCGAGCCACAGGGGGAGGGAGACAGACAGAAUGAUGUGGUGCUCAUGCAUGACUGGACCCACUACCUUUUUUAAUCACUGCCUUAGUAGUUGAAAUAGAACGUAUACUUCCACUGUGUAAAUGGCCCCAGCUCUUAGGAAAUCAAUAUGGAUCUUGCUCUUCUAAAUCUUAUUUAUAUGGAUUUGUCACAUCUUUUUUGUGUAACCUCCCUACAGACAUGAUGGGUGGGCAUGAUUUUUUGUUUUAAUGUGGCCUGUUUGCCAGUUUAUCUGUUACAAUACCUUUGAUGUACUGUGUUCAAAUGGGACAACCUAAUGGCCUGUGUCAUGGGGUGCUUCUCAUGUCCACUAGAUGUCGCUUCUAGCUGCCUUAUUUUUAAGGGGAGCUGUCUGACGGUCGUCCAAGCAGUUCAAGCCUCUGGGAUCAUGUAAUUUAAUGCUGAGCAGCAGGGGGGCAACAAAUGGCCACAGUAUAUUUGAAGGUAAUAUUGACACGUAUCAGAAAUCCAUGAAGGUACUUCAAGAAUUAACACGUUACUCCCCCCCCCCCAAUUCAAUAAUUAUUGAAUUAUUAUAUUCGGUGUUCUUGAAGGCAGUUGGGCCAUAAAAGUGACGUCACAUGAAGAAACUGGGAAAUGGUAUUUGUUUUUCUUUGUAGAAAUGCAAUAUAGAUAUUUUUAAUAUUACAUCAUUUAGACCUACUUACAAGAUGUUUUAUAAAGACAUACAAAUGAGCCUACUGGCAGUGGCCACACUAAGCCUAUCCAGUAUCCGGUACAUUGCGAAAAUUGCUGCACAAUUUCAGAAUUUUGGCCUAUGUUAUCAGAGAUGGUCUCCCAAAAUGUGGCUUAUUGGAAUCAGUUACUAAAUAAAGGGUUUGUGUAUGUUUUGGA